CUGGGGGGCGGGGCGGCAGUUGAGGGGCGAGCCGCGAGUCCAGCAGUCGUGUCUGAGCUGUCGCAUCCCGGAGUCAGUCUCAUCGCCGACACCCCGGCCUGAGCUCGUCCUUGUUUCCGACACUCGCGCCCGGCCUUCGCUCCUAGACCAGCAUCAUGUGCGGUAUAUUUGCUUAUUUAAAUUACCAUGUUCCCCGAACAAGGCGAGAAAUCCUGGAGACCCUAAUCAAAGGCCUUCAAAGACUGGAGUACAGAGGAUAUGAUUCUGCUGGUGUGGGACUUGACGGAGGCAAUGACAAAGACUGGGAAGCCAAUGCCUGCAAAAUCCAGCUCAUUAAGAAGAAAGGAAAAGUUAAGGCACUGGAUGAAGAAGUUCACAAACAACAAGAUAUGGACUUGGAUAUAGAAUUUGAUGUACAUCUUGGAAUAGCUCACACCCGUUGGGCGACCCAUGGAGAACCCAGUCCUGUCAAUAGUCACCCCCAACGCUCUGAUAAAAAUAAUGAAUUUGUUGUUAUCCAUAAUGGAAUCAUCACCAACUACAAAGACUUGAAAAAGUUUUUGGAAAGCAAAGGCUAUGACUUUGAAUCUGAAACAGACACAGAAACCAUUGCCAAGCUUGUCAAGUACAUGUAUGACAACUGGGAAAGUCAGGACGUCAGCUUUACUACCUUGGUGGAAAGAGUUAUUCAGCAAUUGGAAGGUGCUUUUGCACUUGUGUUUAAAAGUGUUCAUUUUCCUGGGCAAGCAGUUGGCACAAGGCGAGGGAGCCCUCUCCUGAUUGGGGUGCGGAGCGAGCAUAAGCUUUCUACAGAUCACAUCCCCAUUCUGUACAGAACAGCUAGGACUCAGAUUGGAUCACAAUUCUCAUGGUGGGGAUCACAGGCAGAACGAGGCAAAGACAAGAAAGGAAGCUGCGGUCUCUCCCGUGUGGACAGCACGACCUGCCUUUUCCCUGUUGAGGAAAAGGCAGUUGAAUAUUACUUUGCUUCUGAUGCAAGUGCUGUGAUAGAGCAUACCAAUCGUGUCAUCUUUCUUGAAGAUGAUGAUGUUGCAGCAGUGGUGGAUGGCCGUCUCUCUAUCCACCGAAUUAAACGGACCGCAGGAGACCAUCCUGGCCGAGCUGUGCAAACCCUCCAGAUGGAACUCCAGCAGAUCAUGAAGGGCAACUUUAGUUCAUUUAUGCAGAAGGAGAUCUUUGAGCAACCAGAGUCUGUUGUGAACACAAUGAGAGGAAGAGUCAAUUUUGAUGACUACACUGUGAACUUGGGAGGUUUGAAAGAUCACAUUAAGGAGAUCCAGCGGUGUCGGCGGUUGAUUCUUAUUGCUUGUGGCACAAGUUACCACGCUGGUAUGGCAACCCGUCAGGUCCUGGAAGAACUGACAGAGUUGCCGGUGAUGGUAGAGCUCGCCAGCGACUUCUUGGAUAGAAACACGCCAGUCUUUCGAGAUGAUGUUUGCUUUUUUAUUAGUCAAUCAGGUGAGACAGCUGACACCCUAAUGGGCCUUCGCUACUGUAAGGAGAGAGGAGCCCUAACCGUGGGGAUCACAAAUACAGUCGGCAGCUCUAUAUCAAGGGAGACAGAUUGUGGGGUUCAUAUUAAUGCUGGUCCCGAGAUUGGUGUGGCCAGCACAAAGGCGUACACCAGCCAGUUCGUGUCCCUUGUGAUGUUUGCCCUCAUGAUGUGUGACGACAGGAUCUCCAUGCAAGAGAGACGCAAAGAGAUCAUGCUUGGGCUGAAGCGGCUGCCAGACCUGAUUAAGGAAGUGUUGAGCAUGGAUGAUGAAAUCCAGAAGCUGGCGACAGAACUUUACCACCAGAAGUCAGUCCUGAUCAUGGGCCGAGGCUAUCACUACGCUACAUGUCUUGAAGGAGCCCUGAAAAUCAAGGAGAUUACGUACAUGCACUCUGAAGGCAUCCUUGCUGGUGAGCUAAAGCAUGGCCCUCUGGCCUUGGUGGACAAGUUGAUGCCUGUCAUCAUGAUCAUCAUGCGAGACCACACUUACGCCAAGUGCCAGAACGCUCUACAGCAAGUGGUUGCACGGCAGGGGCGCCCAGUUGUGAUCUGUGAUAAGGAGGAUACCGAGACCAUUAAGAACACAAAAAGGACAAUCAAGGUGCCCCACUCAGUGGACUGCCUGCAGGGUAUUCUCAGUGUGAUCCCCUUACAGCUGCUGGCUUUCCAUCUGGCUGUGCUGAGAGGCUAUGAUGUUGAUUUCCCACGGAAUCUUGCCAAAUCUGUAACAGUAGAGUAAAGGAAACCUGAAGCUUAAGACAGUUAAGCAACACAAGACACCUUUUGUAUUUAAAUUUUUGAUUUAAAAUAUUGCCUCCUAAAAGCCUUUUUUAGUAAAUUCUUAUUUAUCAGUUAUAAUUAUCCCACUCAACUAAUGAUUUUUUGUGCAAUUGCCUCACUUUCAAUAAUACAUGAGGAAGUUUGAUUAAUAGAAUUUAGAUCUGAACCUAAAAUCAGAGAGAUUUUAGUUAUAGUUUGUUUAAAGAACUGGAUAAUGAAUUUCCGGGUCCUCCACUUCAGGCAAGGAGGACUGCUGAGUGUCUGAGCUCCCUGUUGUUUGCUUUAGCAUGACUUGAUUCAGUCAGACUGAUGAAAGACCAGUGCAUUCAGUUGGGAUAGUCCAAGUCAAAAGCCAGUGUGUGGAGUUCGUGGACAUCUCUGGAGGCUUUGCUGCAUCGUUUAUAAAUAGAG